AUGUUUCUGCUUUUCAUCUUCCCCUUUUCCCUGUCUCUCUCUCGCUGUCUCACAUUCACCAAAACCGCAACAGAUGCAUCCACAGAACGGUUCCUCAACUCCAGAGAUUCAACCGAUUCACAGUCUGCAUCCACACAGUCCACACAACAACCAAUGCGACGCAAACCCGUGAGCGGUACUCGGGCAGAUAGUCCAGCGGUGGGUGGAGAUUUAUCCGGCUCGGCGGUCGCAACCGGUGGAACAACCGGUGAUGGUACCACUGAGAACAAACCACUUGCCUCAUCUGUAAAUAAACCCGGGGAACGAACUGUGACCGAUACAAAUGGAAACGUGUCUCGCGCGAGUGCAGGUUCACGCCUGUCCGAUCCCGGCAGAUCGAGCAGUUUAGCUCGUGCUCGAAAGCGUGCACGGAAUGACACGCGUCGUUUGGGCAUGAAAAAUUCAACCGCUCACACUGCCCUAUUAUCGUCCACAAACAAUGGUAUUCGUAGUAUGGAUGGGGAUGAUGAUGCUGAUGAUGACGAUGACCUCGGGCCGGAAGACGAUGAGGAUGAUGAUGAUGACAGUGGUGCUAUGCCCGGUGUUGCCAGUGGGCGUGCUUUGUCGAAUCGCCCAGAUUUUUCCGAUCUUGACUCUCCGUUGGAUGAUUUGCACGCAGGUACGGAUUUGGAUACUCCCUAUCGAGGCCGACAACGUCGCCAAACCUAUCAAAUGCCCCCGAGACGUCGUGAUUCGUCUCUGGGUGGCUACGGACAUAGCAGUUUCUACGGCGGUCCCGCGGGAGCAGGCACACUACCACGACGUCAUCGUUUAGAUGUGAGUCUGACGAGAGCGACCACAAUAGGCGGUGGUGAUGGCACAUUGCGUUCCGCACAACGCCUGGCUCAGUCAAUUCGUAGCGGUGUAAUUCCACCUCCUCCAUCGGAACCACCGCCUGCAACUCCGCUGUCCGGUUCACUUAUGUCUGAACUUGGCGCGAUUGGAGUUUCGGCCGGAGGUAGCGGUGCAUCUGGACUGAUCAAUCCGUUUGCGUUGCAGUUGCACAACCAACAACAGCAGCAGCAACAACGACAAGCGGCUGCCUUGGCCGCAGCUGUGGCUGCCUCUGGUGGUGUACACCCUCAGUUGUUCUCUGCAGUCGGAGCCCAGGCUUCCGGCUUGAACAAUCCAUAUCUUCUAGGUGGUGAGUUAUUGUGCAUAUCUGCCAAAAAUCAUGGGAUACACGUGAUCGGAGAUGAGAUUCCAGAAAGAGUUGUCACACCUAAAUAUAUUAUUCCGGCUCGAAAGGGUAAUCAGCCAAAAGAAAAAACUGUGAAUCAGUGUCGUUCGGACAGCGAGUUGAAUUGCCAGAUCACCCUUCUAAUCUCAUGGAAGAUGCGAACGGGCUUUGUGAUGAUAUUGGAUUCGCUUCGUCACUCUUCUCAACCCCCCUCACCGUUCGAACAGAAAGUCGCGAUCCAGGCGAAAAAUAGAUCCCAGUGGUCCCAUCCUCUUCCAGACUGGUCAACACAAUCAUUCCUCUGUAUUCGACUUCGUCAACAACAACGACAACAGCAACAGUCACUUUCGUUACCCGGUCUAAUAACCAAUGCAGACCCAUCACAAAUCCUUCAACUUCAACAACAAGCCCUGCUAUUACAACAGCAGCAACAUCAGCAGCAGCAACUCGAUGCUCACAUUCGUCAACAGCAACAACAGCAGCAACAACAACUCCUAGUUGGUGGCCUUCUCCAACCUACCUACAGUUCAAAUUACGGUACACUAGGUCGACCCACAAGGACCGAUUCUGUUGGUCCAAUGCAAUCCUAUCUGUCCGCCGCCGCACUACUAUCAGCACAACAACAGCAACAACAAGCACGGCAAUAUCAAGCACAUAGCACAAACGGUGUGAUACAGUCUCCAUCCAGUGCGUUGGCUUCUUCGGAACAAGGAGAUGCAAUCAUGAACAAGUCAACCAAUGCACAGGGUGGAUCGGGUUCAGUUGUUUACGAAAACUCGUACAAUUCAUUCCACCGGUAA